AUGGUGAGAGGUUUCGUACAUGGAGUGCACAAGUACAUGAAUGCUGAGGAGUGUCCUGUCUGCCUGCAGACAUGCAUCCAGCCUGUACGUCUGCCAUGCAACCACGUCUUCUGCUUCCUCUGCGUGAAGGGUGCGGCGAACCUUAGCAAACGUUGCGCCCUAUGCCGGCAGGUGAUACCGAACGACUACCUGCUCAACCCGGAGCUGCUUGACCCCCACGACCUCGUACCACCGAAGCCCGCGCCCGCGGUGACGGAAGCAGCCGCCGCUGAUGGGAGCGGCAUUGAGGUGCACACGUGGUACUAUGAGGGCCGCGGUGGCUGGUGGCAGUACGAUGAGCGGACGUGUGCGGAAAUUGAGAGCGCGUACCUGGCAACGCGCCGGCGCAUUGAGCUGCUCAUCGCUGGUUUCCUCUACGUCGUCGACUUUGACAGCAUGGUACAGACACGGCGUAACGACCCGCACCGCCGCCGCCGCGUCAAGCGUGACCGCGUUGGUAUCCCCGACCGCAAGGGUGUUGCCGGCAUUCGACUCCCACAACCGGAGGUCGUCAUGACGGCACCGCUGUUGCCGUGCGACGCGGAGAUGGACACAGACGAGUUGUCAUCAUUGCCGCCGUCGCGGCGAGUGCAGCUGGACACGGACGAGUUGUCAUCAUUGCCGCCGUUGCGGCGAGUGCAGCUGGACACAGAGUUAGCACCGUGCGGCCUAACGGGUGGCGAGUGCGACGGCACAGGUGUCCGUCGGGAUGCCGGCGCCCCCUACGAUGCAUCGUCGGAGGGAUCAUCGGCGACGGGCAUCGAUGUGAUAGCGGGGGGCGUGCAGGCGAUAAACGUCAACACAGAGAGGGUGCCGGUAUUGAUGUCAUCACGGCGGCGGCGGUCGGCACGGCAACGGUUCCCAGGGAGCGACCGGGUGCGUCUGCUGGACUGUGAUACGCUAAGCUCAUCAGAUGAGGAGAUGCUGUAACGGUGCCGCGCAGACGAAGUCUCUACGACGACGGACUUGAGGAUGGGCUUCAAUUCCUUAGGCAGCUUCAUGUGUUCCCCACCCCACCACCUUACCACUAAUUACAAUCUCUCACAUCUACUCCCAAAUCAUCACCACUGCCACCAUCAGCCUACCGCCCUUCACCCAUUACGACCCCUUACCUCCCCCACCACUACCCUACCAUCCUUAAACCAGAAUAGUAACAUUACUGCCCUUCAACCAUAAUAGCUUUUUACAUCCCCCACCACCACCACCUCCUCUACGACAGCCCAACUGACCUCCACCCAUCACGAUCCCCUACCUCGCCCACCACUACCCUAUAGCCGUCCCAUCAUAAUGGCCUCCUAGCUCCCCUGCGACUAUCCUACCAUCCGCCACCAAUUGCGACCCCACCUCCCCACGACUACCCUACCGUCCGCCACCCAUCACGACCCCACCUCCCCACGACUACCCUACCGUCCGCCACCCAUCACGACCCCACCUCCCCACGACUACCUUACCGUCCGCCACCCAUCGCGACCCCACCUCCCCACGACUAUCCUACUGUCCGCUACCCAUCGCGACCCCACCUCCCCAUGACUUCCCUACCGUCCGCCACCCAUGGCGACCCCACCUCCCCACGACUAUCCUACCGUCCGCCACCCAUCGCGACCCAACCUCCCCACAACUACCCUACCGUCCGCCACCCAUCACGACCCCACCUCCCCACGACUACCCUACCGUCCGCCACCGAUGGCGAUCCCACCUCCCCACGACUAUCCUACCGUCCGCCACCCAUCGCGACCCCACCUCCCCACGACUAUCCUACCGUCCGCC